CAGUAAUCAGUAUAAUUGAAACUUGUAGUAGGAAUUAUAAUUUGUAUCUAAUAGUUUGCAGCUCGUAUGUUAUUAUAUUUUUGCGUUUAUUUUAUUGUAUCUAUUUAUAAUAAAUACUCAACUAAUUUGUCCAUCCUUAUGUUCACUACACAAGAAUAACAUUUAUAAAAAUAAGAUCAUGUCAAAGAACCAACUACCUUGUGUUUACAUUUAUAGUUGUUGCGACGACGAUCCUUUGAAAACCAUAAAAUCAAUAAGAAAUGAAGAAAAUCUUGAAAUUGAUAAUUAUGAAAAUGAAGAUAUCUUAUGCAACCGUUGGGAAAUAAAUUGCAAGUAUUACACUGCUGAAGUACAAUUUUGCACAUCAAAGAGUUUGGAAAAAUUAUCUGACGACUUCAUAAAAAAUAUAAAUGCUAUCAUACUUCUAUUUGAUGCAAAAAAAGAAAAUGUAAUUGAUUCAUUAAAUAGAUGCAUGCCAUUAGUUAAUCAAAGCCAAGCAGAAGUAUUAAUUGUAUUAAGUGAAAAAUUAGUAGAAUACGAUUCAUCAAAUAAUCCAAAUCAAAACUCCAAAUUGAUAUUUGAUUGGUGUCAAAAGUACCAUUUUGAAUUGGUUAUGUUAGAGGAAGAAGCAGAUGAGAUGGAUACAGUGGGAAUUGAACGCGUAAGGCAUGCUCUUUUCGCACACUACUGGCCAAAUCUUAAACCUAAAUGUGAAAUCACACACCCUAGUACUAAAGCUAUUAUUGAAGAUAGUGUGGUAGAUAGUCAAUUAAGUGGAGGGAUGUCUGAUUUAAAAAUGGACAUCGAGGAUGGAGCUGAACUUGAUAGUAAUUUAUUUAGUGAAAUGUUUGAAGGUGAUGUCAAUUUUUUUAAUACUUUUGAUAAAGUUCAAAAAUUAAAACAACAAAUUUCUUCCAUGCCCGAUGAAGAAAGAAAAGUAGCUGCGGAAAAUGCUUUGACAGAAUGCUGGAAAACAUUUUUUGGCGAUGACAUAGAUUUGUAAUUAUAUAGUUUCUUUUUCAUCUAUUUAAACAUUUUCAUUUAUUAAAUAAAAAUAGUUUAUUAUCUGUAGAUUUUAUUUAAAAUUUAAUAAUUUAUAUAAUCUUAUAAUUUAGUAUAUUAAUGCUAUAUUGCAUAUUUUUAGUAAGAAAUAUACUUCAUUUAUCUAAUCUACAAA